AUGCGCAGCUCGCGCUCUUCUCGCCGCUCCCGCCCCCUGCCGCCUAUUGGACGCUGGCUCCACCCUCCGCCGCCUUCCCAUUGGCCAGCGGCGUGGCAGGAGGGGCGGGGCUCGGCGGGGCGCGCGCCUCUGACAGCAUCCGGCGCGGCGGGUACGAUCACGAGGACCCCCCCCCGCCCCUCGGCGGGGGCCACCCCCCAGGAGCUGCGCGCCCACCCCGGCCUGGCCGGCCUGCUGCAGGGGCUGGGCUGCGUCCUGGGGGGCGACGGGCUGAGCCCCCCCCUGGAGAAGGAGCUGCGGCAGGCGGAGGCGGCGCUGGCCCUGCGGCGAGGGGCCUGGCUGCGCUGGGAGAGCCUCUGGCGGGGGCUGCGGGAGCUGCUGCGAGACCCCCGCGGCGUGGAGCCCCCCGCUGUCCCACGCUCACUCCCCCCCACCCCACCCCCCAGGAUCCCACCCUUCUCCGAGCCCGGCUGCUGCCCGAGCUGGAGCACCGUUUGGCCGAGAAGGUGGAAGAACUUUCCAGCUACCACAGGGGGCCCCCCCCGUCCCCCCCAGCCCCCCAAAACCCCCCCCAGGGGGGUGGCGGAAGGGUUGGCGGCCGAACAUCACCGCCUGCGCCGAGCCCGCCGUCGGCACCGUUCCCUGAGCCAGCUGCUGGAGCGGCAGCGCCGAGCCUACCCCCAGGUUUUGGGGCGCUGCAGGGAGCUGCUGGCUCGCCUGGCGGGGGAACGUUUCGCCGGGGCGCAGGCGGAGCUGGACCGGCGCCGCGCCGAAUACCUGGAGGCCAAAGGGACGGCCGUGCUGCUGAAGAUCCGGUUGGAGGAGCUAAACGUGCUGCUGGACACCUACCCCCCCGAAAAGGUGGAGGCGCAUCGCCGCAUCAGGGCGGCGCUGGAGGCGGCGCGGGAGGGCGAGCGGCUGGGGAGGCGUCGGGGGGCGCGGGGCGGCGCUGGCGGCUUUCGGGGGGCUGGGCCCCCGGUUCGGGGCGCUGGCGGGGGAGUACGGGGCGCCUGCGGGAGAGGCUGGGGCACCGCCGGUGGGCCCUGCGCCAGCUGCGCCACCACGACCCCUGACCUCUGACGUCAUCGCGACGACGACGAC